GCCUCAUCAAAUCCACCCAACGUCCCGAGCAACAAGAAGGCGUCCGUCUCCUCACCGAAAUCUUCCGCUUGAUCUUCAAGGGCGCAAGAAGCUCAAGGAGAUAGUCGAUGUUGAAAGCGCUGGUCGUUUCUGUUCUACAGUCUCUAUUCCCUCCACCCUUUCUGGCACCUCUCUGCCUCUCUACCCCUCUCUCACUCACGCUAUUCGCGAGCUUUAUUCACAUGUACAUGAUUCUCCACCUUCACCCUCUGCUUCGUUCCUGCUCACCAUGUCAUGUUGUAUUAUCUUUCACCAUGUCUAUUUAUACAGUGCCUAUCCGACGCGGCAGCUUUUGAACACCUCUCUCAGAAUAUUGGUCAUGUGGUCAUGCGUAGC